AUGCCUCCAAAAGCAACCCUUGCCAAAAAGUUUGAUUCUGCCUUCCAACGCCUCGAGGACAAGUACGAACGGAGUGGCAAGUGGCGAAAGGCGCAGAAACUUCGGCGUAAACAGCAUAAAUGGCGCGGCUAUGACCCGUAUAUUUGGAGACACGUUCAAGCGUACAUUGAAUGUGAUAUAAAAUUACGCUACGAAAUACAUGUUGAAGCAGCUUUGCUCGCCAACCAUGAAACUCUCUACCACAGACUUAACGAAGACUCAUCGAUGGCUGAUAUUCUUGUAUCAGAAAUGCAGGAUCUCCAAAAAAAACUUCAGGAGUUCGCCCGGAACAUCUGGAAAAUAGAGCGUGAAACCCACACCAUACUCAGCUUCUUUCCAGAUGGGCCUAUAAAGCGUGCUCUGUGUGCCCGUCAGCAGCAAAGUGACUGGCAUCUUUCGGAGUGGCUGCGAGCCGAUUGUGCGGGCCAUGGAGGAUGCUGCGGACGUGGAUGUGGCUGCUGCACAAGGCCACGGAGUGAGAAACGGCCGAAUCAUGUUGGGCAUUGUACCAUGGAGUGUAUGUGUUGUGAGAAGGUGAGGGGAUUCAAAAUUGAUAUUGAGGACUUGGAUGAUGUUGAGGUUCCAAUGCUGACGAAUCUUGAUCUGAUGGAUGAUAAGUGGGAUUCGUACACGGUGCAUUUGGUUAAUGCUCGCAGUCACAGUCGCAGUCACAGCAUCUGUAUUCUCGACACAGAAUCUGCAACCACCUACUCUGAACAAUCUCGCCAUCGCCCGAUCAACCCAACUCGGUAUCACCAUCGGACGUCCCCUUCAACGCGUAUAUUCCCUCCGUCGUCUACAUCAGGGAGAUUACGAGCAAAAUGGAAGCCGUAUUCAAACAUAUCCGGCGUAUUGUCUCAAACGGCGGAAAUCGCCAACAACACUAUCACAGAAUUGGAGUAUCAGAUGAAAGAGUAUACGGCAUGUGGGGUGGAUACUUUUGACACAAUGUUGAGGAAGUUAGAUCGCAUUAUCACAUCCGUAGAUGAGGGUUUGUUUACGAGUAAAUAUGAUAUGGUUGCCAAAUACCCGAUUUACUCUGAUUCUACGGCACACAGAUCUGCUAAAAAUACUCGGCUCUCUCGAACCAUGGCCUUGACAUUCUUCUCCAAAGUGUACCUCUAUACCAACUCGCGGCUGCCUUCUCAAUUGCCACCGCUGCAGCUAUACCCCGCUGGAUAUGCCAUCCUACGUCUUGCAGCGCAAUACUCGCUUAACGUAUACACAAGACAGUCCAAAACAAAUGACCCCUCGUACAUCAGCGCUGACUGGCGCAAUGGUACCAAAGCAAUGGUAAUCGAAUCCCUCGCUAUCGACGAUAUGAACACCAUCGUGAUUGCCAUCCGGGGAACGCAAAGCUUCCGAGACUGGGCCGUGAACAUUAAAACCGAUCCUACAUCUCCGAGCGACUUCCUAGACGACCCCUUCAACCUCUGCCAUGCGGGCUUCCUAUCCGUCGCAAAGAACAUGGUCCAUCCCGUCACCGUGCGUCUGCGUCACCUCCUAGCCGAGAACUGCAGGCGUGCAAGCUACUCGAUCCUGAUUACGGGGCAUUCAGCCGGUGGCGCGGUAGCCAGUCUCUUAUAUUGUCAUAUGCUCGCGGCAGCAGUGAAGUCGGAACUGACGCUUCUGCGUACUUUCUUUAGCAGCGUCCAUUGUAUCACGUUCGGGGCUCCCCCGAUAUCACUUCGGCCUCUGUACUCAUCCGAGCAAACGUCAAUGUUUUAUUCGGUCGUUAAUGAGGGGGAUCCCGUUGCGAGAGCAGAUAAGACGUAUGUCUCGUCCUUGUUGAAUUUCCAAAUAUACUCUCUGGCGGGCUCCCCCGGCGACUCUCUCCGUGGCUGGAGAGGUGGUUGUCCUUCGGAAGCCGCGGUCUAG